UGGACUGCAAUGCCUCUUUGCCUUUAAUUCAGUAUAAUCCUACCAACAUUUAUUGAGUUUCUCUGGGCCAGGCAGAGUUCUGGGUGCCGAGGACACAGAAAUGGAUCUAAACUUCAUUCUUGUCCCCAUAACCCCAAAAUAUGGUUGAGGAGGACUCAGAAAAGUUACUUACACAGGUAACUUCAAGUCAAGGCAGAUUUCAAGUUUAGACAAGAGCAACUGACAGCCUGACUGGAGGAAGCCUGUGGGCCAGGGUAGGGCAGUUAUGAUAUGGGUUCUUUUUGUUUGUUUUGUCUUGAUUUUUUUUUUAGACAGAGUCUCAUUCUGUCACCAGGCUGGAGUAGGGUGGUGCGAUCUUGGCUCACUGCAACCUCCGACUCCUGGGUUCAAGUGAUUCUCCUUCUUUUUAAUGCAUGUUUUUAGCUGAUAUGUAAUAUCAGCUAUAAUGUAAUAUGUAAUGUAAAUGUAAUAUGUAAUAGUGGUUGGUAACAUCCCAAGUUGGGAUGUAUGUAGGCUUUAACCUUAGAUCAUGAUCUUCUAGACUAUGUUUGAGUAUGUAGCUGCAGUAUUACAGAAAUCAGGGACCACAAGAUGAUUUAUUAUUACACAUCCUUAUUUUAAAUAUUUUGAAGGGGGCAUAAAAUGACAUUUCAUGCAGUAUCUGAGGUUUAAAAUGCCUACAGAUGGAGCAGGAAAAAUGGGGUCAUCAUAUUAUCUGAAUUGCUAUACAAACAGCCAACAUCCAUAGGUUCUGCAUACCAAUGGGGGAGGAAGGUGAAUUACAUUCGGGAAGAAUGUACAAAACUUCUGUGAGAUGGCCACAUUCUACUUUACCCAGAAUUGUGCAACUCUUCUUCUUUUAGAAACUUCUGGGUGACACUUUGAAGUGUUUCAUGUUCAUAUCACCACUGGGGCUUCCCAGACGCCUGAAAGUCCCAGGCUGGAGUGCAAUGGUGCCGUCUCAGCUCACUGCAACCUCUGCCUCCUGGAUUCAAGUGAUUCUCCUGCCUCAGCCUCCUGAAUAGCUGCGAUUACAGAUGCACGCCACCACGCCCAGCUAAGUUUUGUAUUUUUAGUAGAAAUGGGGUUUCACCAUGUUGGCCAGGUUGAUCUCGAUAUCUUGACCUUGUGAUCCUCCUGCCCCGGCCUCCCAAAGUGCCGGGAUUACAGGAGUGAGCCACCGCGCCCAGCCUGUGUAUGUAAAUAUUUUAUAGUUUAAUUUAUAAUAACAACUGUUGACAAAAUUGUGACCACUAGUGAAUAUAAUAGAAAUUAUCUUGACCUCCUUUUCAUGGAAGCUGAUGGUGAGAUUAAAGCACUGCUGGCUUGCGAGUAUAGAUUUGGGCUUUCCAGAACACAUAAAAGUAGCAUUUAUCUUUCUGAUUUAAAAAAAUGUAAAAUAGUCUGAGCACUGGUUUUUCCACUUUCAUUGAGCAAAUUUAAUUUUAGUAUAUUUGACUUAGCAAAUUUAAUUUCUCCAGUUAUUUACAAAUAGUCAUGUUUAAGUGAAGUUUGAAUGAAUGGGCACACCCAUUUCAAAUUUCUAACCUAAUUUUUUCCCCUUGUUCUCAUAUAAAACUUUUCUAUUUAUGUGUUUUUAUUUUACGAUACCUCAAAUCUUUUGUGGACUGAUAUUGUAUGUAAAUAAAUAAAUGGAUUCAGUACUUCUUUCACUAAAUACAGCUAGAUAAAUACAUAAAUAUAUUUGUAUACAAAUACAAAGCAACCAUUAGCAAUUUAGGGUUGGGGAGUAUUUCCACUUAUUUUUGUUAAUAAAUUUGAUUGUAACUUGAAAUAUUGUCUUGUAGGAACAGAUAAAGAACACAAGAGCUGAUUUAAUGUAAUUUUUAGCUAUGAAAUUUAGAUAGGUUAGCAACUUAAAUUUUGAAAAAAAAUAUGAGUUCCAAUGGAAAGAGUUAAAACACCCAUGUUGUACUGAAAAAUGGAGAAAAUAAAAAAGAUGAAUAAAUUAGUUUUUAAAAAUAAGAACACACCCAUGGCAUGAGCUCCUUGCCCCUCUCACCCAGCCCCAUCCCAGGAGUGAGACCUUCCCCCAGAUCCUCUGUAACUUCUGAUGUUCCACUGAGAACAUCAGAAGCACUGAUGGCAGUUGCUGCCAUGUAGCAGUGCAUUGAGAGUCAGGUCCUCUGGCACCUCCAUGGGGCUCAGGGUCUGAAGAUGUGAUCCAAACCUGACAACUUGGUGGCAGGUCCUGUGAGCAUUCAUGAUGAAGUUGUGAAAGGGGCUUGGAGUCUAGGAGGAUGGUAGCAGAAGUUUCUGCUUCCAGGUGUGAGUGAAGGGCUUUUGAAGUAGAAGAGCAACUAGAAACAAAGGAGUGGCACAGGGACAGAAACUUCUUUUCUCCAUUGUUUGUUAAAGGCCACGUGGGUGGAGUCAUUGAAGCGGAAGUUUAACCCUGUGACACAAGUUUCCCUGGUUUAGUCAGCCUGUAGUCAUUGGGCUUUUCCCUUUUCCUCCUUAGUUUACAACUAAGUAAACCUCUUAGUUUAAUUUUUUCUGUAACGUGCUUUACCACCUGAUGAAUUCUGAAAAAAGCGUGUGGGGUUUCCUUUGAGAUGAUUUCAUAUAUUGCUUCAUUUCCUUUACAAUGUAGGUUUUCUUCUCUAUCUUAUGGUUUUUGGAUUAGUCUGAGUGUUUAGCUCUGUCUACCAAGGAUCCCUUAAUAUAGAUUUAACGAUGUGACCUUAAUCUACUUAGGUCAGGGAGACCAGCAAGAAAAGAAGAACCUGUACUUUCAAUGUUAGGCAUAAGUUAGCUUGAUAAAAUUUUCAAAAAAAUUCCCUUUUAACCACAGACCUCCUCCACUGGAAAGGAUUCUGAAAGAAAUGAAGUCAUCCCUCAGAAAUGAAGUUGACUACCUCCUGGCUUUCUGUUGACUGGCCUGGAGCUGUACUCCUGUAGACCCUUGUGAGCUUUCCCAUCCUAAAAGUAGGAUGUCUGCAGAGGUCAUCCAUCAGGUUGAAGAAGCACUUGACACAGAUGAGAAGGAGAUGCUGCUCUUUUUGUGCCGGGAUGUUGCUAUAGAUGUGGUUCCACCUAAUGUCAGGGACCUUCUGGAUAUUUUACGUGAAAGAGGUAAGCUCUCUCUCGUGAGCUUGGCUGAACUGCUCUACAGAGUGAGGCGAUUCGACCUGCUCAAGCGGAUCUUGAAAAUGGACAGAAAAGCCGUGGAGGACCACCUGCUCAGGCACCCUCACCUUGUUUCGGACUACAGAGUGCUGAUGGCAGAGAUCGGUGAGAAUUUGGAUAAAUCUGAUGUGUCCUCAUUAAUUUUCCUCAUGAGGGAUUAUAUGGGCCGAGGCAAGAUAAACAAGGAGAAGAGUUUCUUGGACCUUGUGGUUGAGUUGGAGAAACGAAAUCUGGUUGCUCCAGAUCAACUGGAUUUAUUAGAAAAAUGCCUAAAGAACAUCCACAGAUUAGACCUGAAGACAAAAAUCCAGAAGUACAAGCAGUCUGCUCAAGGAGCAGGGACAAGUUACAAGAAUGUUCUCCAAGCAGCAAUCAAAAACAGUUUCAAGGAUCCUUCAAAUAACUUCAGGCUCCAUAAUGGGAGAAGUAAAGAACAAAGACUUAAGGAACAACUUGGCACUCAACAAGAACCAGUGAAGACAUCCAUUCAGGAAUCAGAAGCUUUUUUGCCUCAGAGCAUGCCUGAAGAGAGAUACAAGAUGAAGAGCAAGCCCCUAGGAAUCUGCCUGAUAAUCGAUUGCAUUGGCAAUGAGACAGAGCUUCUUCGAGAUACCUUCACUUCCCUGGGCUAUGAAGUUCAGAAAUCCUUGCAUCUCACUAUGGAUGGUAUAUUACAGGUUCUUCAACGAGUUGCCUGUAUGCCCCAACACCAAGACUACGACAGCUUUGUGUGUGUCCUGGUGAGCCGAGGAGGCUCCCAGACUGUGUAUGGUGUGGAUCAGACUCACCCAGGGCUCCCCCUGCAUCACAUCAGGAGGAUGUUUAUGGGAGAUUUAUGCCCUUAUCUAGUAGGGAAGCCAAAGGUGUUUUUUAUUCAGAACUAUAUGGUGUCAGAGGGCCAGCUGGAGGACAGCAGCCUCCUGGAGGUGGAUGGGCCAGCGAUGAAGAAUGUGGAAUCCAAGUCUCAGCAGCGAGGGCCGUGCACAGUUCACCGAGAAGCUGACUUCUUCUGGAGCCUUUGCACUGCAGAUGUGUCCCUGCUGGAAGAGUCCUGUGGCUCACCGUCCCUGUACCUGCAGUGCCUCUCCCAGAAACUGAGACAAGAAAGAAAACGUCCACUCCUGGAUCUCCACAUUGAACUCAAUAGCCACAUGUAUGAUUGGAACAGCAGAGUUUCUGCUAAGGAGAAAUACGAUGUCUGGCUGCAGCACACUCUGAGAAAGAAACUUAUCCUCUCUUACACAUAAGAGACCAAAAGGCCAUGCACAGUGGCUCUUGCUUGCAAUCCUGGCGCUUUGGGAGGCCAAGGAGGGCAGAUCGCUUGAGGUCAGGAGUUCAAGAUCAGCCUGGCCAACAUGGCAAAACGCUGUCUCUAAUAAAAAUACAAAAAUUAGCUGGGUGUGAUGGGUACCUGUAAUCCAAGUUACUUGGUAGGCUGAGACAGAGGAUCUUUUGAACCCAGGAGUUCAGGAUCAUAGAUUAUGAUUGUGCCUAUGAAUAACCGCUGCAUACCAACCUGGGCAAUAUAGCAAGACCCCAUCUCUUAAAAAAAAAAAGGACAGGAACUAUUUUAGUCCAUGUAUUAGUCAGGUUUCUCUAGAGGAGCAGAACUAAUAGGAUAGAUGUAUACAUAAAGGGGAGUUUAUUAAGGAGUGCUGACUCACACAAACACAAGGUAAAGGCCCACAAAAGGCCAUCUGCAAGCAAGGAAGCCAGUCUAAGUCCCAAAGCUGAAGAACUUGGAGUCCAAUGUUUGAGGGCCGGAAGCGUUCAGCACAAGAGAAAGAUGGAGGCCAGAAGACUAAGCCAGUUUAGUCUUUCUAUGUUCUUCUGCCUGUGCGUACCCAGAUUGAGGAUGUCUGCCUUUCCCAGUCCACUGACUCAAAUGUUAAUUUUCUUUGCCAACAUUUUCACAGACACACCCAGGAACAGUACUUUGCAUCCUUCUAUCCAAUCAUGUUGAUACUCAGUAUUAACCAUCACAGUCCAUCUGGGCAAUUAUACCAAAUUACCUUAGACUGGGUGACUUAAACAGCAGUUAUUUUUCACAGUUGUGGAGGCUGGGAUAUACAACAUCUAGGUGGUAGCAGAUCUGGUGUCUGGUAAGGCAUGCUUCCAGGUCUUCUCGGAUGUUGGUCUUUUCAUGUCCUCACAUGGCAGAAAAAGACAGAGGAAGCAGGCUCUCGUGUAUCUUUUUUUUUUUUUUUUUUUUUUUUGAGACAGAGUUUUGCCCUUGUUGCCCAGGCUGGAGUGCAAUGGCGGAUUUUGGCUCCCUGCAACCCCUGCCUCCCUGGUUGAAGCGAUUCUCCUGCCUCAGCUUCCCAAUGUGUAUCUUCUUUAAGGGAACUAAUCUCAUUCAUGAGGGCUGUACCCACAAGACCUAAUUACCUCCCAAAGGCCCCACCUUCUGAUACUGUCACAUUGGGGAAAAUGUUCCCCUUUUGAAUUUUGAGGGGACACAAACAUUCAGUCUGUAUUCAUUUAAUGGCCUUAUGAUUUAGAGGUUACUUGUUCUUUCACCUUGACCUCAAGUCGCAUUUAACAGCUAAUCAAGUAUAUCUUUCUCCGAUUAGAUAGUGUGACCUAAAAGGGGACCGUUGUUUAAAAUAUCAUUAGAAUUGACCUGCGCCACUGCCUGCAGCGCGCAGAGCCGGAGCCCGAGCCCAAGCCGCGCCGGGCCCCACGUUGUGCCCCUGGGCCUCAGCGGCAGGUAGGCGAUGCUCCAGCGGCCUGACUAGCCAUGGAGGCCGAGGCAGGCGGCCUGGAGGAGCUGACCGACGAGAAGAUGGCAACACUGGGCAAGGAAGAGCGGCGGGAGGAGGCGAUGCGCCUUGCGGCACUGGUGCAGUGCGACCGCCUCAUGGAGGAGGUGAAUUGGCAGCUGCAGGGCCACCUGGACGAGAUCUGUCAGCUCAGGCAGCUCAAUCGGCGCCUGCUGGCAGAGAACCGUGAGCUGCACGACCUCUGCCGCUUUGUGGACUGAAGCGCCAGCGCGGGCGGCACACGGCUCACCAGUAGAAGCUCUUCAGGACCCAAGCAUCCCAGACCGUGUGGGAGGACCUGGGCAGUGUAGCAGAAUACCACUUUUUAAACGAUUUUUUUUUUAAUGGCAGGAAUGGCCUUUAUUGGCUGCAGCGGUAAGUGGAAGAGGGGAUACUGCGUCUACAGAUUUGCUCACGAUCCAAAAGCUUAAAUGAUUUUUUAAAAUUAUUUAUUUAUUUUUAUAUUUCUUGAAGUUAGUUUUAACUGAUGUGUAUCUGUAUGUGUAUUUGUGUGUAGUUUGUCAUGAUUAUGCAACAGAGGCUGAAAAGUUGAAAGAGACAGUUUUCAGGAACAACAAGCAACUAUUCCCACUUUCCAAGUUAUUUUGAGGCCGUGGUGGCUCACACCUAUAAUCUGAGUACUUUGGGAGGCUGAAGCCGACGGAUCACUUGAGCCCAGGAGUCUGAGACCAGCCUGGGCAAUAUAGCAAGGCUCCAUCUCUAUAAAAAAGUAAAAAAAUUAGCUGGUUGUGGUGGCUUAGUCCUAUAGUCCCAGCUACUUGGGAGGCUAAAGUGGGAGGAUCCCCUAAGCCCAGAGAGGUUGAGGUUGAGCUGUGAUCACACCACUGUACUUCAGCAUGGGAGACAGAGUGAGAACCUGUCUCAGAAUAAAUAAAUAAAUAAAACCACCAGCACCACGGACAACAACAAAAAGUUAUUUUGCACUUUUUUUCAGCACAGGACUCCUGAGGGUAUCUUUGCAUUUAAUAUUGCAUAGGGGUGCCAGUGGGAAGUAAUGUGUAUGCUUGACCUCAUAAAACUGAAAUUCAACGUCCCUUUAUGUGAGAAAAAUAUCUCAAAAUAAUAACCAUUUAUGAUAAACCCACAGCUAAUAUCAUACUGAAUGGGCAAAAGCAGGAAGCAUUCCCCUUGAAAACUGGUACAAAACAAGGGUGCCCCAUCUGACUACUCUUAUUCAACAUUGUAUUGGAAGUUUAGGCCAGGGCAAUCAGGCAAGAGAAAGAAAUAAAGGAUAUUCGAAUAGCAAGAGAGGAAGUAAAACUGUCUGUUUGCAGAAAGCCCCAUUGUUUCCAAAAAGCUCCUUAAGCUGAUAAGCAACUUGCAGCAAAGUCUCCGGAUACAAAAUCAGUGUGCAAAAAUCACAAGCAUUCCUGUAACCAGCAAUAGACGAACAGAGAGCCAAAUCAUGAAUGAACUUCCAUUCACAUUUGCUACAAAGAAAAUAAAAUACCUAGGAUCACAGCUAGCAAGAGAAGUGAAGGACCUCUUCAAGGAGAGCUACAAACUACUGCUCAAGGAAAUAAGAAAGGACACAAACAAAUGAAAAAACAGUCCAUGCUCGUGGAUAGGAAGAAUCAAUAUUGUGAAAAUGGCCAUACUACCCAAAGUAAUUUAUGGAUUCAAUACUAUUCCCAUUAAACUACCAUUGACAUUCUUCACAGAAUUAGAAAAAUGCUACUUUAAAAUUCAAAUUGAACCAAAAAGCCCAUAUAACCAAGACAAUCCAAGACAAUAAUAAACAAAAAGAACAAAGCUGAAAGAAUCACACUACCCAACUUCAAACUAUACUGCAAGGCUACAGUAACCAAAACAGCAAUGAACUUGAACGAAAACAGACAUAUAGACCAAUGGAACAGAAUAGAGACCACAGAAAGAAGACCACACAUCUAUAGCUAUCUGAUCUUCUACAAAGCUGCCAAAAACAAGCAGUGGGGAAAACAUUCCCUAUUUAAUAAAUGGUUCUGGGAAAACUGGCUAGCCAUAUGCAGAAAACUGAAACUGGACUCCUUCCUUACACCUUAUACAAAAAUUAACUCAAGAUUAAAGACUUAAUGUAAGACCUAAAGCUAUAAAAACCCUAGAAGAAAAUCUAGUUAAUACCAUUCAAGACAUAGACAAGGGCAAAGAUUUCAUGACAAAAACAUCAAAAGCAAUUGCAACAAAACCAAAAAUUACAAAUGGGAUCUAAUUAAAGAGCUUCUGCACAGCAAAAGAAGCUAUCAUCAGAGUGAACAGAAAACCUACAGAAUGCAAGAAAAUUUCUGCAAUCUAUCCAUCUGAUAAAGGUCUAGUAUCCAGAAACUACAAGGAACUUAAAUAGACAUUAAAAAAAAAACAUCAAAAAGUGGGCAAAGGAGAUGAACAGACACUUCUCAAAAGAAGCCAUUUAUGUGGCCAACAAACAUGAAAAAAAAGCUCAACAUCACUGAUAAUUAGAGAAAUGCAAAUCAAAAUUACAAUGAGAUACCAUCUCAUGCUGGUCAGAAUGGUGAUUAUUAAAAAGUCAAAAAAAACAGGUGCUGGGGAGGAUGUGGAGAAAUAGGAACACUUUUACCUUGGUGGUGGGAAUGUAAAUUAGUUUAACUAUUGUUGAAGACAGUGUGGCCAUUCUUCAAAGAUCUAGAACUAAAAAUACCAUUUGUCCCAGCAAUCCCAUUACUGGGUAUAUACCCAAAGGAAUAUAAACUAUUUUAUUAUAAAGAUACAUGCACAUGUAUGUUCACUGCAGCACUCCUCACAAUGGCAAAUGCCCAUCAAUGAUAGACUGGAUAAAGAAAAUGUUGUACCUAUGCACCAUGGAAUAAUAUGCAGCCAUAAAAAGGAAUGGGAUCAGGUCUAGCAUGGUGGCUUAUGCCUGUAAUCCCAGCACUUUGGGAGGCCGAGGCAGGCGGAUCAUCUGAGGUUGGGAGUUUGAGACCAGCCUGACCAGCAUGGCAAAAGCCUGUCUCUACUAAAAAUCCAAAAUUAGCUGGGUGUGGUGGCGCAUGCCUGUAAUCCCAGCUACUCAGGAGGCUGAGGCAGGAGAAAUUGCUUAAACGAAGAGGAGGCAGAGGUUGCUGUGAGCUGAGAUCAUGCCAUUGUACUCUAGCCUGGACAAGAGUGAAACUCUGUCAAAAGACAAAAAAAGAAAUUAGGUUAUGUCCGUUGCAGGGACAUGGAUGAAGCUGGAAGCCAUUAUCCUCUGUAAACUAAUACAGGAACAGAAAACCAACACUACAUGUUCUCAUUUGUAAGCAGAAGCUAAACAAUAAGAACACAUGGUCACAAGGAUGAGAUCAACACACACUGGGGCCUUUUGUAGGGGUGGUGGGAGGGAGAGCAUCAGGAUAAACAGCUAAUGCAUGCAGGGUUUAAUACCUAAGCGAUGGGCUGAUAGGUGCAGCAAACCACCAUGGCACAUGUUUACCUAUGUAACAAACCUGCACGUCCUGCACUUGUAUCCAGAGCUUAAAAUUAAAAUAAAACAAAAUAAGUUAAAUCUUAGAUAAUAAGAAAAAAAAGAUUCUUCAGUGCGUACACAAUAAAAUUGCAGUUCAAACAUUCAGAGUCUUUAACUGUCUAGUCGGUAUCUUCAUUUUCAGCCUCCCCACUCCAAACACUGUAAGCGCAGCCAAAUUGAACAGCUCACAGCUCCAACCUCUGGAUCUUUGGUCUUGGAGAUUGUAUAUUUAUGGUCCAUCUGGAAUCCCGCCAUAUCACCCUACCCCACAUCUUCAUAUCUCUAAAAUAUAACCGUACUUCAAGGCCAGCUCAAAUACUAUCUCCUUCUGUCCUCCAUGAAGUCAGUUAUCUCUUCCAUUGGAAUUAUCACCCCCUCUCCCGAACAGUACUAUUUCAUGUGAAUCUCCUCCAAGGCUUCUUUUGAUUUUAUAUCUCACGCUGCAAUUCUUGGAGAGUAUGUUGUUUGAGUGCAGAAUUCUCAACAGUUUUAUCUUUAUAUCUCUCCUAGGUGUUUUACCUGACUCAGAGCCUGGCACACAAAUAUAUAUUGAAUGAAUUAGUGAUGCAAUGAAAAGAGAAAUGAUGCGUCUCUUAAAUUUAACUUUUAUAAAAUAUUUUGAUAUAUUCAUGACCUUACUUUAGCAAGCAAUGUACUGAACAUAAUUUACACUUGUUGAUAUAGUUUUUAUAUUGUGAAGUGUAAGUAGUUUGUGGCAUGGGAUUGUGACAUAUCCUAGGUUUCCUUGUCUUUUUAUUUUUUAUUGAAAUGUAAUUUAUAUGCCAUAAAAUUUGCCCUUUUAAAGUAUGUGAUGCAGUGGAUUUUAGUAUAUUCACAGAAUUGUGCAAUCAUCACCACUGUCUAAUUCCAGAACAUUUCCAUCUACCUAAAAAGAAACUCCAUACCAAUUAGCUGCCACUCUAAUCCUCCUCUUCCCCCAGUCUCCAGAAACAAGUAAUUCAUUUUCUGUCUCUAUGAUUUGUCUCUUCUGGAUAUUUUAUAAAAAUAAACAUAUGGACUUUUG